GUGUGGAAUCUAUCUGAACGUUAAGCGCUCCGACCUGUAUCCUAGCAACCGGAGCAUUUAGGCCUGCGGCUUCUUCACAGACACCAGCCACCCGUCAUGGAAGGAGAUCGCAGCGGGAGAGAAGCGGACAAGCAGGUCUACAUAUCGGCGGCUCUGAUCGCCGAGCGCCACCUGGGCGAGCGCCCGGCCCCCCGCUGCAGCCGGGACCUGAUGGAGGCUUUGCAAGACCUGGAGACAGUGCGCCUGGACAGGGAGAGCAUCAGUGCCAUUGGGAACCUGGAGUGCUUGGGGCUCGUGCGUAGCCUGUACCUGCAGCAGAACAAUAUAAAGAAAAUUGAAAACUUGGACUGUUUGUCUAGUUUAAGGUUUCUCACCCUUGCUGGCAACAAAAUCACAAGGAUAGAAAAUCUUCAGUGUCUGAAGAGGCUGGGCUUCCUCGACCUCUCCGACAACCUCAUCCAGCACUUGGACCUGGACGGCCUGCCCCAGAGCCUGCUGAUCCUGAGCCUAAGGGGCAAUCCCUGUGUGGAGCACAGCGGCUACCGGGCAGCUGUGAGGGCUGGGCUGCCGAACCUGAAGGAGCUGGACGGGCAGGAGGUCCCGGGACAGACGGGCAUCGAGGAGGACAGCAGUGACCUUGAGGGUGAAGAGGAGGAGGAGGAGGAAGAUUACUGCAUUCUCACUCCUUGGUCCCUGGACAGCAUACACGAGUUCUUCCGGGCGCUGCGGGAGGAUAUGGCCCGUCGGUCCUGGGGCCGAGUGAGCUGGGCAGCCUCGGAGCAUGAGGACCGGCUGCAGGAGCUCCUGGCCCUGAGGAGCAGUGAGGCCACCCCUCCACCCGCAGCCGCAGCCCCCCCAGAGCCGGUGGCCACGCUUGCUGCCAGUCAGCACAGCCAGAGCCCAGGCAGCGAGGACGCCAGCAGGAAGAAGUCCACUCCUCCCCUGCAGCCCCCUCGGGGGAGGAAAGACAGGCUGAGCACCACGAAGAGGACACCCAGCUGCACUCGGACUCCUGCGACAAGGUCAAGCAGCGCAGCAGCAGGCCCUGCCAACACAGCUCCACCCAGGCUGGGCAACACCGCUGCUGAAGCCAGCACAAGAACCAAAAGCAUCCCCCCAAACAGAGUGGCUGCUAGCGGACACGCAAGCCCCGCUCCAGGAGUAGGAAAGGCAGGAGGAGGCGCUAGAGCAGGCAUCGCCAAAGCGAGCAGGAUGUCUGACAGCACCAAGAAACAGAGCACACCGAGUGGUGGAACAACCAGGAAACAGAAGAGCCCAGGGCUCAGUCUGCUCUCUAACAUAGCAGUCCCGACCAGCCGACAGAUGCUCAGGGGCAGAUCCAGCCAGGGGACAGAAGGGACGUUGCUCUGAAACAGGAUUUUACUGGAGACUUCAGAGAAAUCUAAGGUUUACAUUGUUUUACACAAGUAUGGAUAUCAGUUUGUGCUGCCUCAAUGUCCUGCCUUAAAGAUGGUGCAUCACUGUUAUCUAUUUCAAAUUCCCGGGAUUGGUCAUAAUCCCUUAUGGCUCUUUGUAUUAUUUAUCAUGCAGAUGUUGCAAUGAAAUGAAACCCCUUUUCUUCCCACUGAUAUUCCUCUCCUCAUUAAACUCCACCACUUGCAGGCUGGACUUUUUUUCCUUCUUCGUCCUUGUCCUCUGUUCCAUUAUCCUUCCUCUUCUUCCCGCCACCCCUGCCAACUCCAACUGCCCCCUGUGUCACCCUGACCUCUGCAGCGCUGCCCCUCUACCCCAGCGCCUGCACUGGCCUGUCACCGUACACAUCAGAGGCACAACUGCAGUUUUCGCCCAGCGCUGGCUCAACCGCUGCGCUCUUGCCUGUCUUCAGUUUCUUUACUCUCCUUCACCUCCUCCCAGCCACAGAAGGGGGCAUUCUACAACCAUCCUCGUUUUUGUUUUUCAUUCUUGGACUGUACACUCUGAUCAUUGCUAAUUUUAGCGUUUUUCACUUGUGCAGAACUUUCUGUAAUCCAGGUCUGUGCUCUUUUAUUGGAUUUCAUUUUAACCGAUUUGUCCAACACUUUUGUCCCGUGUACUUACACACUGCAAACUUUCUAUAUCCUAAGACACCCUGGCCAGACGUAUCCGACACAAAUAAAAUUAACAAGUUUA